CAUCGCCGGACAAAUCAGUUUUAGGGCGGAGCCUAUGUAUUGACAGAAAGUUCGUGUGUUUUGCCCUGAAAAUUCUUCCAUUUUUUAACCCAGUUUUGACAUUUAUUGAAGUUUUUCUCAUUGCAAACCUCUACUUCUUGAUAUAAACUAUGGCAGCUACUACUAUAAGUGAACAAUUGUCUCUCGACAAAGAUAUAAACCGAGCUGUGGAAUUGCUGGAGAAGUUGAUGAAAAGUGGAGAAGUUCCAACGGCAAAACUGUCUGCUCUUCACAAGGUGCUGCAGAGUGACUUUCUAAGAGCUGUCAGAGAAGUUUACGAACAUGUUUAUGAGACAGUAGAAAUGGGAGGAUCACCUGAUGUCCGAGCUUCUGCCACAGCCAAAGCUACAAUUGCAGCUUUUGCUGCUAGUGAAGGCCAUGCCCAUCCUCGAGUCGUAGAACUCCCCAAAACUGAUGAAGGUCUUGGAUUCAAUGUCAUGGGAGGAAGGGAACAAAAUUCACCAAUUUACAUAUCAAGAAUCAUUCCUGGAGGUGUUGCAGACAGACAUGGUGGUCUAAAGCGUGGUGACCAAUUGCUCUCUGUUAAUGGAGUGUCGGUAGAGGGUGAAAAUCACGAGAAAGCUGUGGAACUCCUGAAAGCUGCUCACGGUUCAGUGAAACUAGUUGUGCGUUACACACCAAAAAUAUUGGAAGAAAUGGAAAUGCGCUUUGAUAAACAAAGGACCACGCGCCGAAGACAACCGUACUAAGUUCACUUUAACAAAUCUCAAUUAGGAGCAUCAUCGUCCCCAUCGCAAAUUUUGACUCCUCGUAUUAUCAAUAGUGUAACCAAUUCCCCAUCCUGACUGUUACAAAAAUAUUCAAUAUUGUGUAGCUAAAUAUUUCAUAGUUAAAUUCUAUGACAAAGACGGUUACACGUUAUCACUCAUGAAUGUAGAGAAACCUUCAUUCGUCCUUGCAAUUGUUUUUUUGCUUAUUUUGAACACAAGUUGCAAAAUGGAAGAAAUAGUAGCAACCUUUUCUUAAAUGAAACCAUUAACUAAGCUAAAACCUGAUGUUAACUGAUCUGUAGACUUAUUUGUUGAAAUGAAUAUAACUUCGGAAUCAAA